AUGGUUUGAAUGACUUGUAGACUUGGACGAAUGCCAGGCUAAUAACGGUGGCUGUAGUCAGACGUGUUCCAACACUGAGGGUUCUUUCAUGUGUUCAUGUCGAGAUGGUUUUGUCCUUGAUGAGGACAAGAAAACAUGCAGAGUGAAUUUGAAUUUACGACUUUCCAGAACCAUCCGUUUCGGCCCGGUGACAACUGUAAUUCUGAACUGGGAUUCUCCAACACAAGCUGACGGGAUUGUCAGCCAGCUAGGGUAUGUUGUGGAAAUUUCCAACCUAAUGUACAACCCAGCUAGUGUACAGAGGACUUUCUACCCGUCGUUUGGUAGCUUACUUCAAGAGAAGGAUGGAGAAACCACUGUAAGAGUGAGGGCAGUUCAAGAGAAUGGACUCAGUCAGGCAGCUGAGAUUGUCGUCCCUGCUGUCGGCGAAGAAAACACAACCGCAUCAAAUCCCAUAUUUGCACCAGCGUAGGAUAACGGAACUCAUACAGAUGCUGCGUUACCAAAAGCUCAAAGGCUAAAAGUCUCAAAGAUUUUAAACAAUUUAUAUCAAUGUAUUUCUUUUUAUGAU